CACACGCGUGCUUUUGAACUCAGGAGCUGCUACCUGAAAGCCGAGAAAGAACUAUGCUGCAGUAAAUAGAGACAUAUCAACUUUAUACAGUUACCUAGUACAGUAUGGACAACAAUUGAUGCUAAUACGGAAAACAUUCACUCGCAUAAAAAUGUUGCGUUUAAGCAAUUAACGAACUGGGGUCAGAAAGAGGUAGCCUAGCCUGUCAGCUAGCAUUUCUUCCAAACAUUACAUCUUCACAGCACUGCAGCUAUGUUUAGGAGCCUUGUUAGACUUCAAAGUCAGAUUGGGAAUAUCCUCUCUCCCAGUAAAGUAUGCCACAGGAGUCAGCACUUUCCAUUUGCUUUGAAAUACUCAACAGCUACAGCAGAGAGAAAAAGAUUUUAUCAAGAUGUCAGUAUAUCCCAAGGUGAAGGUGGUGUAUAUGAGAUAAACCUGGACAGACGGAAACUGAAAACCCCUGGAGGGAAGCUGUUCACAGCACCAAAUGAAGCACUGGCCAUCGCUGUGGCAACCGAGUGGGAUGCUCAGAGGGACACACUCAAGUUCUAUACCAUGCACCUGACUACACUGUGCAACACAGCUCUGGACAAUCCCACCCAGCGUAACAAGGACCAAAUGAUCAAUGCAGCCCUCAAGUUCCUGGAGACUGAUACUGUCUGUUACAGAGUAGAUGAGCCUCUUGGUUUGGUUGAGCUACAGAAGAAUGAGUGGGAUCCUGUGCUGCACUGGAUUGAAAACAGAUAUAAUGUCACUAUUGGCUCUUCGUCCAGUAUUUUGGGUCCUGAUAUCCCACAGACAACCAAAGACACCUUCCAGCAGCACCUGAACUCUUAUAACUUCUGGUCUCUGACAGGGCUCGAAUAUGUGAUCACCCAGCUUAAGUCUGUUGUGCUGUCGAUGGGGCUGAUUGACAGACAUCUGAGUGUGGAACAGGCUGUGCUGCUCUCCAGACUGGAGGAGGAAUACCAGAUUCAGCGUUGGGGAAACGUGGAGUGGGCCCAUGACUACGACAUGUAUGAGCUGAGGGCAAGAACUGCUGCCGGAGCUCUUUUUGUUCACCUCUCAUCUGAGAGUUCAACUGUAAAACGCAAACUUCUGCAGGACUGAGAAGGACAAGCGCAAACAUAAAACUCUCAGUGACCACACAUGAAACGUGCGAACACCCCAAACAGCUCAGUUUAUCCAUGUUUCUACAUCCAUGCAGACAAACACAACACCUCCUGUUUAAUACCAUUCAGCAGUGACAGCUGCUUUGUCUGCAAUCUGUUAUAGAGUCAUCUCACCCCAGCUAAAAAACAUUGACUGUCUUUUUUGCAGUGUUUAUACGUGGCAGCUGCCAAGUGUGCCACCCCUAACCGAGUUUCCAGUCGGUUCUCAGUCAUCCGUGACAUUUUGGACACUGCACAUGGUUGCAAGAGAAUAGUGACUAAUGUUGUUGUGUCUGUUCAGUGGUGGAAUUCCAUGUUUGCUUCCUCUGUGUGCCACAUUUGAAUACUGCAAAGUGCAUAUGCUAUCCUAACAGCACAGUAUCUAUACUAAUUGUGCUAUGUGUAGUGUUUUGUAAGGGUACAAUGCAUGAAGAAAUAUCCAUGUGCAGCUGGUGAAACAUGCUGCAUUCAAAUUGUUUUCUGUAAUUAAGACUGUCAUCAUUGAAGUUGUAUGUAUUUUGGGAUUUUUAGUGUGGUAAAAAGGGAAGAUUGAAUGCUGUACACAGAAAGCAGGACCAUCUUGACUGCACAAUUAUCUACAAAAAGUUUAAUUAUAUUGGAAAACUUGACUGCUUGUAUUCAGUAGUAAUUUUCAUGUACAAAGCUGAAGGUUUAGUUGCUUUCACAGCUGAAAUUUAAUUAAAAGUGACUCAUGUUUGCCUGUGCACUUUCCACCAAGUGCAACCAAAAUGUCAGUAAAGUUUUGUGGAUUAAAACCCAAACAAGGUAAAACAU